UAUAUUGUUAGUCCAUAUCCCAACUCCUACACUGUACUCUCCCGUCUUUCCUUUGCAAGAGAAGUGCGCUUAAAAACGCUAUCCAGUUCUUCUCUUCCACCCUUACAUUCCUUACUUUCUCUUUGUUUCUGUACUUAUAUUAUCCUAUAUCUCUGUUUAACAAAUCUGCUAUGCAAAUUCUGACACCACCCCGUUUCAUCAGCUCAGCUGCCUCAAAUUUCUUCUUCAAUUCUCCACCAUUUCACCUUAAUUCAUCUCUUUCUUUCCCCUUUAAACCCCAUCAACUAACAACUUUAAACUUCCCCUGCUCCCUAAAUUUACCCUCUAAAAAAUUACUCUGUAAACCCCCUUCUGGCAAACAUGUCAGAGAAGAUUAUCUUGUGAAAAAGUUGUCAGCUGAGGAAAUUCAAGAGCUUGUGAGAGGAGAGAGAAAUGUGCCCCUCAUUAUUGAUUUUUAUGCAACAUGGUGCGGCCCCUGUAUCUUGAUGGCUCAAGAGCUUGAAAUGCUGGCUGUUGAAUAUGAAAAUAAUGCAAUGAUCGUAAAGGUUGACACUGAUGACGAGUAUGAAUUUGCCCGUGACAUGCAGGUGCGAGGGCUUCCAACAUUGUAUUUUAUCAGCCCUGAUCCAAAUAAAGACGCGAUUCGAACAGAAGGGCUUAUUCCUAUACAGAUGAUGAGGGACAUUCUUGAUAAACAAAUGUGAGGUGGGGGAACAUAGAAAAGUGCUCUCAUGUCUUUGUAUGUUAUUGUCCAUUUGAACUCAAAAGCAUGUAGGUUUUGUUAUUAGCUUCAGGGUAGGUUUUUUAGUCAACUGUGAGAGUCUGCCAUCUUGAUUACAUUACUUCAGUGGUCAUCUUGGAGUCUGUUUGUAUGUUUCCAAACCAGUUCCAUUUAAAAUAGUAUUGUUUGAAAAUUUUGUAUUUAGUACUAGUAGAGGAUGUACGCUUUGUUCAGAGAAAUUUUGGACGACUUCAUCAUCAAUGUUUGGCCCUUGAUGAUGGAUUCUGACAUUGUGUGUUCCUUUUCACUGCUUUCUGUAUUGUUGUUUUUUACACUUUGUUGAUGAAAAAGAGCAGAGAAAGAGAUUAAGCUGAGGGAGGAUGGAAGUUGCAGUUGGUGUUCGGAGAUGGUGGAGUAAGGCAGCCCAAUGGUGGUAGUGACGGUGGCGAACACACUGGAAGAUUUGGGCAUCUUGUGGCUGCUGAUUUAGUUAUAGGUUAAUUUGUUGUAAGUUUAUUGCUAGUUUUUGGUGGUUAUGUGUUCGACUUUGUGUGAUUUGUAUUCUGUAUGAACUUUCUGAUGGCGCCUCAUGGAAUUGGGUGUCAUAGAAAGAAAACAUUGAAGAACUGACACCUUUUAGUUUUGAUAGUUAAACCAUAAGUUUAAUUUCAUUUAUCUACAAUAUUUUACCUUCCUUUGUCA